AAUUCCGCACUUGACUAUAGAAAUACGAAGUGCCGCUCACUCGACCACAGUCACUCACCGAGGAGGUUCUGAGCUGUUCUGGUCGUUCUGACCCGUCUUUCACCAACACUUAACACCUAAGAAGUUGGGCUGUUUGAAGCAGGACCCGCGGCGAACGCUGGAACGAGCAACACGUCUGGCGAAAGGAAAACACCAACGUGGUUUAUUUGAACGGCGCUCUACGUCGACAGGGCUGCGAUACCAACACACUGUGUAAUAAGUUAGUAGAGACACGAUGGCUGAUACAACCACGACCAGUCCCGAUGAAAACUAUCUGAUGAAGGUAAAGGGCUACGUGAGGACCCAGAAAGGUUUAAUCCUCGCAGCAGAAAUAUUCAUCAGUUUGAUCAUCCUCAUCUGCUACGCUGCGUCUUACUUUGGAGGCUACUUUGUUCUGGCCCUCUCCGAAAUGAUCAUCUCCACCGCCUUCUUUGUCAUCUUCAUGAUGGAGCUAGACAAACAGGUCCUGGUGGUCAACUGGAUCUGGACCGAUCUCUUCCGCGCAGGCCUCGCUGCCUGUCUUUACCUCAUCACGUCUCUCAUCGCUGUCAUUGGAGGAUCUGGGGACGGCGCACGGAUCACAGGCGGGGUCUUUGGUUUAAUUGCCGGUCUGCUGUUUGCAUAUGACACCUACACCAUCUACCUUCAAGCCAAGACCACCCGGCAGCAAACUGCAGCCCCUGGUGACGCCAGAGUUUAAACACUCCAAGGUGCACAUACCUUUUUCAAGAAUGCAGUAGAAGAACAAAAUGAGGACACUUGUGCAGACGUUAAGCAGAGGGGAUGGUAGACAAUAAAUGAAUAGGUCACAGUUUUAUUAAUGCCACUGUUUGUGUGAAGUGGAGAAUUGUUCAAGGACCAUGGCCGAAGAGAAGAUGACAAAACCAAAGUUAGUGGUACUGUACUUCUGUGUCUGUAUGUCAGACAGCCACGUCUACUACAUGGAAAGUGAUCCUGAAAAACUUUGGUGGCAACCUCAGAACCUUACCAUAAUUUAAAAAGGGACAACAGUAAAAAACAUGAAAUAAAAAUAGGCAAAACGUUUGGAGCUUGUCUUAUAUAUUUGUGUUAAUAGACUGCUGUAGUUACUAGUUCAUUUUGACUUGUGCUUUUGGAAAUAUUUUUUAACAUCAUCAUUAUUCUUUAUUUUCCAUUUUUCUGAACAAACUAAUGAUUUCCCUCUGUUAUUUACAAACUGCUCUCUGUGUGUUACUGCCCACAUUAACCAAUUCAUUUGUCUUCUAUUCUUGGUGUCUAAUCACAGUUAGUCUGUAUUUUUAGGAGCCAUAAACAUCCAUUAACCAACUUUUACAAGAACUACGCUGUCAUCCAUCCAGUUCUAUUUGAACUAUGACUUUUGCUCAGGUGUUUGUGUGGUUUUAUUUCUUCUUACAUUUAUAACACAUUUGGAAUAUUUUCUGUUGCCAAUUUUUUACAGUCUACUAGUGAGGCUUAGUACGUUUUUUUAAAGACAUUUGUAACAUAUAAUUGAAAUGUUAUUACACUUUAAUGUGUUCUGUAAUGUAUGUAAGUACGUUGGUCCAAGGCAAACAUUUUUUCUAACAUGUUUUACAAGAGUUUGCAGUUUGUAAUUUAAGGAUUCAAAGGAUCGGUGGUUUGGGAAUUAAAAGACAUUGUUACUUCAAAAA